AUGGGGCCUAAGAAGCGUAGUUGCCGUCCCCAUCCGCAGGCUCCUCCUACGAAACAGCGCAAUCGCCGUCCGCAACCGCAGGCGCCUCCCAGUAAAAAGCGGCUGAUCGACGGGAUCGAUAGUUCCGCGAUACGUACCGGCCGCACGAGAGCCGAACAGAGGCGCAUACUCUCUGCUCCUGGCCCCCCUGCCGCCGCCGUUCCUGUCGCUGCCUUGGCCCCUGCCUUGGCCCCUGCCGCUCCUAUGGUCGCCGCCGCCACUCCUGUCGCCGCCGCCCCUACCGCCGCCGCUGCCGCCACUGCCGCCGUCGCUGCCGCCGUCGCUGCCGCCGUCGCUGCCGUUCCUGUCGCUACCGUUGCCCCUGCCGCCGCCGCCACUGCCCCUGACUUGGCCGUUGCCGCCCCUGCCGCAUCCAACAACCCCGCCCAACCUGGCAGUCCAAGCAACCCCGCCGGCCCUACUCCCUCUGAGGACCCUGACGGCCCUGCCACACGCAAUAACCCUGACGAACCUAGCCCCCCGGGCAGCCCCGGCAGCCCUGCCCCUUCUGCUGGCACGGCCCCAUUGAACGACCCUAGCGGCUUUGCCGCAUCUAACAACCCUGCCCAAUCUGAAGGCCCAGACAGCCCCCCCGGCCCUGCUCCCUCUAAGGACCGUGACGGCGCUGCCACAUCUGACGGUCCAGACGGCUUAGACGGACCUGCCUCCCCGGAAGUCCCCGCUGGCCCUGCUGCCUCGGACAUCCCCGUCGGCCCCGCUCCCUCCAACGACCCUGAAGGCUCUGCCUCCCCGGACGACCCCGGCAGCCCCGUCGGCGAUGCGCCACAUCGGAACGCACCCGAAGACAGCGCUUUCAAGUUUAACCCCUUGGAUCCCAAAACCUACCCAAAGCUCGACGAGCUUCGUUCCGAUGACGACGACGACGAGAUAGCGAACCCGGGUAUGACGAGAGCCGAGAGAAAACGGCAACGGAUGGAUACGAAAGCGGUCGUCAUUGCCAAAUCCAUACUGUCGGACGAGGCAAAGCGCGAGCUGCUAGGAGUGGAGAAGAAUCCCAGCUUACGUCACAUCCAAUCCUCCAUCAUGUGCUGGUACGACCCAAAGAAUUUGGGGCACGGGCUCCGCUCCGCCCCAUCCGAGACGGCCGACAAUUCCCCCCGCGACGGGAGGAGCCACCCAGACAAGUCCGAGCCUCCUCGUCUCCUCUCGGAUGAGAUGAGAGAGUGGAUCAGGUUUGGACUCGGCGAGGACAUCGAUUUCAAGCUGGAGUGCAAGGUCGCCCGUCACCUCCUUGCCGUGAGUCAGCGUCAUGUUCCCGGACCAGGGGACCCCGAGGUUUGGAGCGAGGUGCGGCUCGUGCAGGAGGGCUCACUGAAGACAAAAUUGGAGACAAAGUUGGACGGCUCUAUCCCGCCACCUUCUCUGUUCUAUCCAACGAUGCACCCUUGCCUGAACCCCUGCGAUAUGGGAAUGGAGAUCGGUGACGCAUUCUUCCAUCUCGCCAGAAGCAUAUCCGUCCUCUCAGGAGGGGUCACCCAAGUUUCUUGGGAGUCGCUCCACUGUAGCGUCAAGGACAAGUUGAAAGAGUAUUCGGACCAGGCUGAGAAUCAUUGGGAUGCCGGAUACAAGCCACAUCUCGCCCGGGCGUUCAUCUGGCAUGCCCUUGAGGACCAUUUCUUCUCCAGCACACCCAAGGACAAGGAUAUGUUCAGCUCUCCGUUGUGGGUGGCGGAUAAUCUUCUGUUCGAAGGCAUAAAAGAGGGGUACCAAGCAUGGUGCGCAGAAGCUCGUGAAGAGUUCGAACAGGUCUUGGCGAGCCACGAUGACAGGAACAUCCUACGCGAAAAGGAGCGAUGCAAGAGGGUUGGCGACGCCCUGCAGGCGCAACAUAGGACCUGGAGGGCCAUAGGCGGCCGUAUGAUCACGCGAAUUGAUGCGGGGCGACUGAGUCAGGACUACAUCAAGAAGUUUGUCAAGAAGGAGCUGGAGCACCUGGUCAACUUCGAGUCUCCACGCCUGAUCGGUCACAAAGAUGAUACUUACGACCUCUGCCCCUUGGACGCGCUUGCCAUGCGUCUCUGCCAGUUCGACCAUCAACGCCGCAUCGACGUCAAGGACCAUUACUUGGUGUGGAACCUAGAGGACAUCCUGGCCACGCCCGAUGACCCCCUACAGUCCCCCGUCCGCCGGAGCCGUAACGUUUAUGGCUUCCGCUGGGUGACCAAGCCACCGUAUCGCCAGAGCCCCGACGCCGAGUUCAUCCAAUUUCUUCCCGACGAAGUCAUCGCUGGGCUGCAGGAUCGGAUGGCACGUAUGGGGGCCGAACAUGUGCGGUGCCCUGUCGCCAUGCCCGUCGUCAGCCUUGUUGAGCAGCCGAUGCUGGUGGCACACGGCCCUGCUUGGAAUUUUAGAUUUCCUCGGGGCUUCGACGUCGUGUACCCGAUGGUCAUCAAAAGGAUGCCCGGGGAUGUUGACAAGGCGAUGAAGGCGCUGGCCGACGACAAGGCGGAGUGGGAGGCCAAGCUGAAGGCUUAGCUGGCCCAGCCGAUGCUGAUAGGGCGUGCUGGCGGUCAUUUCGGGCUUGGAGCUUCAUGGUGGCUGCCCCUGUGGAACCACUGGCGGGCCCGUCCAUCUUGUUGGACAUUUGGCGCUGUGAGUUCGGAUUACGGGUCGGCCAGUACCUGUAGGAGGCAGCGCAUGAUGUCGGCUUCGCGCGGUAGAGAUUGUUUCAGAGUGGAUGCUUCCUUUUUGUUUCCUGGUCCUUUUUUUCUUGUUUCUUCUUUUCCUCUUCUUUUCGUUCUUUCCAGUCCCUGUCUGGUAUCAUCACAAACCUUUCAAUCAUUCUUUCUGACUGUCUCAAACCGGCUCCUCAUUGAGCAAGCACAGCUUGUAUUUACACAAAAGCUAUACCAAGAAUGACAUAGAAGGGGCGGUUAGGAGUCGUGUGUUCGUGUCACAAAGGAGGCUAUCACCAAGAGCCGGCACACUGUACCAGGCCUUUG